GGGGACACUCUUGGGCCCGCUAUGUAAAUGGGCUGAGAUGGGCCUCAGGCGUUGCAGAAUUAUUCACGAAUAUUUGACUCCGCCGAUGAGAGAUUGUUUGGACUCGCACGGAAGAAAGGAAGCGACUGAGAGAGACUGCUACCGGAAACCAGCGGGCAGCGAUCGAAGAUGGAGGUGGAGGUCGACGAGAAGGAUCUGAAGGCUGCCGGAGCGGAAAUGUUGACGGAUGGACGGCAUGGAUUGCGUAUCCAUGGUUGGGAGAUCGAGUCUCGCAAGCGUUCCAUUCUCAACUCUCCAAACCUCCAACAGUGGGAGGAAAAACUUCAAACAUCACACUUGCCGGAGAUGGUUUUUGGGGAAAGUUCUUUAGUUCUUAAGCAUGUGAACAGUGGCAUUAAAAUUCAUUUUAAUGCUUUUGAUGCUCUAACUGGAUGGAAGCAGGAAGCCUUGCCACCAGUUGAAGUUCCUGCGGCAGCAAAAUGGAAAUUCAGAAGCAAACCCUUCCAGCAAGUGAUACUAGAUUAUGACUAUACAUUCACAACGCCUUACUGUGGAAGUCAAACACUUGAGAUAGAACAAGAGAAGCAUGGAAGAGGGGAAGAAUCACUGGGGAGCUGCACUCUUUGUUGGGAGGAAUGUAAUGAAAAAAUUGAUGUGGCUUCACUAGCAUCAAAAGAGCCUAUUCUUUUUUAUGAUGAGGUAAUCUUAUAUGAAGAUGAAUUGGCUGAUAAUGGAGUGUCACUUUUAACUGUGAAAGUGAGAGUCAUGCCAACUUGUUGGUUUCUUCUCUUGCGUUUCUGGCUUAGAGUCGAUGGAGUGCUUAUGAGAUUGAGGGACACUCGCAUGCAUUGCAUUUUUAAGGAUGAUGCAAACCCCAUCAUUCUUCGGGAAAGCUGCUGGAGAGAAGCUACAUUCCAAGCUUUAUCUGCAAAAGGAUAUCCUUCUGAUUCUGCUGCAUAUAAUGAUCCAAGCACCAUCAGCCAGAGGCUUCCCAUCAUCAUGCAUAAGACCCAAAAGCUUAAGGUGGAGUAACUGGUAAGGAUGAAACUCAUCCUCAAGAUUACUUCAUCAUGGAGGAAACUGUAUUUUCUUUUCAUGCAAAAGGGGCUCAAAUCAUACCUAUGUUAUAUUCAGAGAGAAUUCAGAAAUGCUUUUCAGUGGAUUCUAUUUUGCAUGUAUAUUCAUGUUACAUCAUCUCUUUUGUUUGAUUAGCAAGUUAUUUUCUUAAAUAAUCUAGUCAGGCAAAAGAAGAACCAGCAUGCCGUACAUGAACAGACACUUAAGAAAACAAUCUCCUGUUUUAAUGUUUAUACUGUGGUUACCAGAAAAAAUGCAAUGUCGAAAGUGAAAGUGACCAAAGGGGGCAUUGAAAAUUGGGAAGCAGGAAUUUGAAUGUGAUAAGGAUGCGUUGGAGAAGGUUAUUAACAAGUAUUAUGAGAAUAUAAAGGCAAGGACAGAGUAGAUGUUCAUAACUGUGAUCAUUUGUAGAAGGAAUUGUACAGAUGCCUAUGUGACUUUUAUCUAUCGAAGUCAGGAGCCUUUUUUUCACCUUAAAUCUUAUUAGAUUAUAGAUUGCACAUUCUUCUGCAACUUAGAAGAAAAUUAGCCUCAGGUGACAUCCCUUUCAUUCUUCAUGACACUCUCAUAAGUCAAACUUCAAUCGUGGGUCUGCCCCCUCUAGUUUAACACUAUGGUAGUUUGAUUUAUGUAUUUAAAACUCAAUGAGAUGGGUAUGGUCUCUUGGGAUCUUUCUUAUUAGGUCAAAAAGAAAAGAAGAAAAAAAAAGAGCAAAAAUCUUAGCUGAAUUUGUUUUCUAUGGUGUAUAGGUAUUGCAUACCUUGAGUCGCUCUUUUAAUGCUUCUUUUUAGUAUAUUUUCUUCUUUAUCUAUCAAAAGAGGGAAAAAAUUCUUAGCUGAAGUUGACUUACAUGUAAUCAAGAGAGGCAAGGUAUUUCUAAAAUUGCCAAUAUUGCUGUCAACAUCUUUUUCUUGGACCCUUGAUCUCUUUGUGAAUAUCAACGUUUAGGGCCUUAUCCUGUGAGGGGGUGAUGGAUGACUGAGAACCUAUUAAUUUGGAGCGAAAAAUGGUAAAACAUAAUUAAAAUGCUGUUUCAAGAAAGAUUAAGAUCUGCAUCACUGAAAAGAGCAUUGAGAUGGAUGACUGGUGAGUUGAGAAAGGAAGAAUGCAGUCAUGAUCAACUACAAGAAGAGCACAUUUUGGGGAGAACUGUAAGUGAUGAAUUUUGGUAUUUUCGAAAUAGGAAUCAAUCAUGACUUAGAUAUUUGCAAAAUAAGAUUCUAUCACAAAUGCAUCCGAUUGAACAUGUGGCAGAGCUUGGCAAAGAUAUAGUGCUGGGAGGAUCACUGAACAUUGAAGAAGUUAUUUUAGUUCAGACAUGAAAUGCUCACUUACUCUGGCACUGAAUGUAGCUCAACUUUCAAAGAUCAUAAAUCCUGAAAGCCUUGCGUGACAUAAACUUAUCCAACAAAACCAACUAUAACCCAAAAGCCAUUAGGAUGAACAACAUCAACCCUAAAUUUAGAGUGGGGAGGGGGAUGAUUGUGUUAGGCAGACAGGUGAAUAAAAACUUACAUUUAAAACUUUACGAGCAUGAAUUCUGGACUACCCAUUCAAUUUGACACAGAAUUUAUAAGGAGCCAGUGCAUUAGUAUCCUAGGCAUUCCCAUCAAAUGCUUCUUGAUUUUGUUCGUCACACAUCACUGUCCUUCAUCUAUGGUGUCAUUUGCGUAUAUCCCACCUAUACGCAUACAGCUGGUUUUUCGCUGCUAGAUGAUUCAUGACACGUGAUUCCAUGUGAAUUAGUUUUAGUUUAGGAAUGAAAAUUAAAAAGGAAAAUGCAGGGGUGGACGAGUUUCAGAAGCAAGAGUAGCUUACAUCAUCUCCCCUCAAAAGAUAAUUAAAAAUAGAAAAGAAAAGAAAAA